AUGUACUGUACAUACACAUACACACACAGAAACAUGUACACACACGCACAGACUCAUGUACACACAGACACAUGUAUGUACAUACACAGAAAUACACACGCACAGACACAUGUACAUACAGACAGACACAUGUACAUACACAUACAUGUACAUACACGCACACACAUGUACAUACAGACACAUGACACAUGUACACACAGACACAUACACAUGUACCCUCACACACACAGCCCUAUAAAAAGUUGCAGUACUUCGUUGUUCACUCACAGAUCCAGGUACUGCACUCUAGGGGGAGGCAGAGAGCACAGCACACACUCCUUGCUUUGCUUUCACUGCACUCAGCUAUUGAGCAGUCUGACGGCUCCCAGUGCCAAUGACAGAUCCAGCCUGAGCUCCGAGCCUGCUCAGCAAGACAGCUCUGGGGGACACACUCGCCCCCCACCAUAAUUUCCACUCGGCAUUGGCGAGCAGACAAGUGGAAAUUUCAAGGCCUGAUGUA